CUCUGACCAGCAAAAAAUUGUUUAUUCUUUGGAGAUGGUGGAGCUGUGGGCUAGCUCAUCGGUCAUCACAUGAUAAGGGAAAACCGCAGCCAACUAAUCUAAUGUCCUACCCUCCCAAAGAAGACGAAUACCACUUUGAAGAUCUUCGGCUGAAGAAAUGAAUGUGAAGUCUGUGCUUCUGCUCAUCUCCUUGCUAUGGCUAACAACUGCGUCAACAGCUACUCCCUCCAUGGCAAAGCAAAACUGCCAAGAACGAUGCGGAGAUGUUACCAUUCCAUACCCAUUUGGAAUAGGGAAAGAUUGCUACCUUAAUGAGUGGUUUGCAGUCAACUGCAACGAUUCUUUUAAUCCUCCAACGCCAUAUUUGAGUCAACCUGAGCUCAAUCUGAAGCUGACGUUUGUAUCACUGGCUUACCAACUGGUCACUGUUAUCAGCCCCAUGGCUGUCUACUGUCAAGACCAUGACAGGAAUAGAUCGACAUGGAAGGGCACUGAUUUGAGUAAAACCCCAUUUUUUUACUCAGAAGGUAACGCACUGAGGGUGGUGGGUUGUGCCAAUUCGGUCCUGAUCACGCGUCAAGGCACCAUCUUAGCAGGCUGCUCUUCCAUUUGCGAUAACAGCUCUAGUGUUCUGAGCAAUGGUUGCUACGGGAUCAACUGUUGCAAAACCACUGUUCCAUCCAAUCUUGAUUUCUAUAUUCUGAACACCACAUGGAGUACAAAUAUGGGCACAGAAUUGAAUUGUACGUAUGCUGCCUUCGGUAGAAAUUUCAUUUUGAGGGGGAAGUCUUCAGGUUCAGGUAUGGAAUAUGAGGCUUCAUCGGAGGGAGAAAUGAUCUGGAUGAUAAAAGAAUCGGUAGAGGGCAGUGAUUGUCACAAAAACACAGUCCCUGAUGGGGCACUGGGAAAUCAUUCUUAUUAUUCUUGCUCCUGUCCGGCUUACCAAGAAGGGAACCCUUAUCUACCCAAUGGAUGCCAAGUUGUUGAAGUAUGUGCAAACUGCAAAGGAAGAUGUCUAACCAGAAUUGACGGUCGUUUCUUCUGUGAUGAAAGAUCUUUGGCUUCAAAAUUUUGGAUUCUAGGUAUUAGCCUAGGUGGGGGAUUGUUGUUUCUACUUCUUGGAGGGUUCUGGUUAUAUAAAGUUUUAAGGAGAAGGCGAAAGAUCAAACUCAGAGAACAGUUCUUCCAGCAACAGUUAUUGCAACACCAAAUGUCUUCUAAUGAAGUCAGCAUUGAGAAUACAAAAAUAUUCACUUUCAAUGAAUUGAAGAAGGCAAGUGACAACUUCAAUGAGGAUCGUAUUCUUGGUCGUGGAGGUCAAGGAACGGUUUAUAAAGGUAUGUUGACUGAUGGAAGAAUCGUAGCCAUUAAGAAGUCAAAAAUAGUUGAUGAGAAUCAAUAUGAGCAAUUCAUCAAUGAGAUUGUGAUUCUUUCCCAACUUAAUCAUAGAAAUAUAGUAAAGCUAUUGGGAUGUUGCUUGGAGAUAGAAGUUCCCUUAUUAGUUUACGAGUUUAUCUCUCACGGAACUCUAUUUGAGCUUAUUCAUGAUAAAAACAAUGAGUUGCCAUUUUCUUGGGAAAGACGCUUGGAGAUUGCCACGGAAGUAGCAGGAGCACUUGCUUACUUACAUUCUGCCUCUAGUACACCUAUUUUUCAUAGAGAUAUCAAGUCUAAAAAUAUACUCUUAGAUGAGAAAUAUAGAGCAAAAGUGGCAGAUUUUGGGACAUCGAGGUCUGUUUCCAUUGACCAAACUCACUUGACUACUCUUGUGCGAGGGACUUUCGGCUACUUAGAUCCAGAAUAUUUUCGAACAGGACAAUUCACUGAAAAAAGUGAUGUAUAUAGUUUUGGAAUUGUUUUGGUUGAGCUUUUAACGGGCCAAAAGCCGAUCUCUUCAACAAGAACCGAAGAAGAGAGAAGCUUAGCAAGUUAUUUUAUUUUGUCAAUAGAGGAGACAAACUUAUUUGAUAUUCUUGAUGCUCAAGUUGUGAAGGAGGGUGGAGAAGAGGAGAUAAUGGCUGUUGUUAACGUUGCAACACAAUGUUUGAAUUUGAAUGGGAAGAAAAGGCCUACAAUGAAGGAAGUAGCCUUAGAGCUAGAGAGGGUCAAAUCUCAUGUGCCUCUACAUGUUCGAGGACAUUUUGAAUUAGCAAAGUAUAUUAGAACUGAAAUAAUUGGGCCUUCGGAUUGUGCUUCUUCUUCAACAGGGUCAGGUUUGAUAUAUAGAAAUACUCCUUCAUUGAAUGAAAAUUCAUCAUUUUCUAAUACACUAUAACGAUAUGAUUAGACAAUGAUUCUAUUGUAUGCAUUCUCUUUUAGCUAGCUGUAUGCUACGGACUUAGCUUAUUUUCUAAGCUCACAUAAGACACUUAUUUUAAGUAGAUUGUGACAUGUAUCUUUAAAACACUUCUCUCUCAUUCAUGUAGAUAUACUUAUUUUCUUUCUUAUGAUAUUUAUGGUAUGAUCUCUCAAU